AUGAAUCGGCAACCCGUCGCUACUGCGUCGAAUUAUUAUCAUUCUCACGCGACCGACUUCCAACCGCACCCGCAACACUACCAUGAUCCCGCUGGAUCGCUGGGCUAUCGUUCCUUGCAAUUGCCAUUGCAGAACCUCCACGACGCCGGAAGUGCUGAUCAGCAGACACAACUCUCGCUAGCGGCCUAUCAGCAACACCAACAGCAACAGCAACGCCAGCAGCAGCAGGUUCAGCAGGUCCAGCUGCAGCAAUCCAACUUCGCCUUUCGCCAUCAGCAGGGCCAAGUCUGCCCUCAACACCAGUCCGACGCCGGUCAACAUCGCGCACCCGCCGUCAGCCGUCAGCAUUCCGGAGCCAUGGCUUACGAGGAAGAAUUGGCCGCGAUGCAGAAAGCAAGCGCUGAAUUCGAACCCGAGGUGACGGGACCGCUUGUUGGACAACGCCAGCCGAGCACGGCUAUAACGACCGAAUACGCAUCUGCAGACCCGGUUUACCAGGCGAAGACUGCUGCCCUCCCGCAAAAGUACUCACACUACCGGACAGUACGGGGCGAUGGAAAAUGUGGUUGGAGAGCCGUGGCCUUUGGCUACUUCGAGGCUCUCAUCCACCUGGGUGAUGUCAACAAGCUCGGAAUGGAGCAGGCACGCCUCCGCUCACUCAACAACGUCAUGAGUCAGGCAGGUUAUAGUGCGAUGUUGGUCGAAGACUUUGCGGAUGAAACGCUCGAACUUCUCCGCGACAUUACCUCUGCAAUCAGCCAGGGACGUGAUGCUUCUACCAUUCUGCUGGAGAAGUUCAACGACGACAUGGUUCAGAACUACAUCAUCACCCACCUUCGCACCUUGACUGCCUCCUGGAUGAAGACUCGUGAGGCCGACUACGCUCCAUGGCUGAUUGGUACUACCAUCGAUCAAUAUUGCGAGUCGCAAAUCACUCCUGUUGGUGCCGAAAUAGACCAUGUCGGGCUAUCUGCUCUCAAGGACGCCCUGCUGUCACCCGCUGGAAUGGCUCUGGAGGUGCUCUAUCUCGAUCGUAGCGAAGGCAGCGAAGUCACGAUGCACCGUUUCGAUCCGAAUGGUUACGCCAUCGGCAGUGUGAGGCUGCUUUACCGACCCGGUCACUACGACAUACUCUACAAAUUGGAGGAUCUGCCGGUACCCGUCCAACAGAUUGCUGUCCCCACGUACUUGCAGUUUGCCAGCCAGCCCAACGAGCCAGUGUACGACCUUGGCGUCUCGGACUUCAUGACCAUGAUGCCAGGCAUGUCUUACGCCAACUCGGCUCACUGGGGCAUGUCGUCCAGCUAUGGGGGAACGCAGGAUUUCUUUCACACACCUCCGCAAGCGUGUGCGCAGCCCAUUCCGACGCCGUCGGUACCAACUCCGCAAACUCACGUUCACUCCCAGCCUGCGUACGCCGCUGCUACAUCCCCUACUCAUUUGGUACCACCUCCAACGCAGAUGACCCAUGAAAUGCCAAUCCGCAACAUAUCUCACAUCUCGCAUGUCUCCCAGACCUCGCUGGCGCAUUCGGACUUUCAACAUCAGCUCAGUGGCGGGCCAUUCAGACCCUCUGCUUGGCAGCUGGAACCCGAUUUCAUGCACGCCGCCACGCAUCUGCCGUUGAAAACUGCCAUCUUCAAGAACUCUCACUUCAACCCGGCUCACUUCCUCAACCCGGAUUUCCAGCCCGAGCAGUGGGACCCCGAUGGAGAGUACCUGACGGCAAGCAACAGCAGCAAGAGUUUGYGACACAGGAACAGCGGAUGA